CUGGAGAAUACGUUCUGUUUGGCACAAGACUGUUCUGAUGUUAUGUAAUUGCUGAUAAGCAGUUUGAAACGAAAUCAGAAAAAAAUCAUCGUCACAUAUUUAUUAUCUUUACCAAGAUUUCAGCAGUUCUACAAAAGGUGGGCUAAAUUCAGCAGCUGCUCACAAGUUCCAGCAGUGCAGUUGCUGGUGGGGUAGAUGUUCCAGCGUUGCUUGGAGUAGCACAUUUGUCACAAAAAAGAUGGCGCCAAAGCUGGAAGAUGUGACAUUCUUCAAUGGGCAUAAAAUGCCUAUUGUUGGCCUAGGAACAUGGCAGUCUUCCAAGGGUGAAGUUGGGCAAGCUGUUGACGUCGCCUUGGAAACCGGCUACAGGCACAUCGAUACAGCUUACGUAUAUGGAAAUGAAGCAGAAAUAGGACAAGCUUUAAAGAAAUGGUUUGACUCGGGGAAACUGAAACGUGAAGACCUUUUUAUUGUAACUAAGCUUCCACCUGUCGGAAAUCGUGCGGAGUCUGUAGAAAAGUAUCUAAAGAAAUCACUGGAGAAUCUGCAGUUGAGUUACGUCGACUUGUACCUGAUACACCACCCGGUGGGCUUCCAGGAUGUGGGUGGCGAUACUUUCCCUAGAGACAAGGAUGGGAAAGUUCUGUUGGAUAUGAAAACUGACCUCAUCAGCCUAUGGAAGGCAAUGGAGGCUCAAGUAGACGCUGGUCGAACCCGUUCGAUCGGGCUGUCAAAUUUCAGCUCUAGUCAGAUAAAGCGCAUCUGGCAGGCCGCCCGCAUCAAGCCUGCCAACCUUCAGGUGGAGCUGCACGUCUACUUCCAGCAGCGGGAGCUGGCAGCCUUUUGCAAAGCACUCGACGUGACAGUCUGUGCGUACGCUCCCUUGGGCUCUCCGCAGAUGGCCAACUUAGUCCGUGCGAGAGGAGGUGAUGUUAGCAAGAUAGUAAGCUUGAGUCCCAUGAGUGAUCCGGUAGUGUCACGUAUUGCAGAGAAGUACAAGAAGACGACUGCCCAAGUGUUGCUACGACACAUCAUGCAGCGAGGAAUUGUGGUCAUCCCGAAAAGUGUCAACCCUGACCGCAUCAAGCAGAACUUUGAUGUUUUUGACUUUGAACUGACGCAAGAAGAGAUGGAUGAACUAGAUGCUCUUGACAAAGGGCCAAAGGGCCGAAUGUUUAAUGAUGUUAUCGCACCAGAACGAGCCAAGCAUCCAGAGUAUCCUUACCAUGAAAGAUACUGAUCCUUCAGUACUCGCUAAAGGUACUGUCAGAAGGCUUUAACAGGGAAAUCUGGAGAAAUGCCUGGUAGCAUGUGUGUGGGUCUCCAUUUUUUGUGAUUGUUGUCUUCCCUGCAAAAAUUUGUAACAGUGAUAUAAAUAUGUAUAUAUUCUUUCAGAAAAAAUUACAAAUAUAUGUUUCUA